AUGGAGAAGAUGAGUGUUUGUGUCGAGGAAGAGGAAGACAGAGCAGAGUCUGAUAUGUCUGACUGUCUGUCUAUGAAGAGUGACCGGUCUAAAGGUCUUCCCAUAGAAUUCAGGAAAGAACCAGGACCCUCAGAGGAGGGCAGAGCAAAGUCUGUCAUGUCUGACUGUCUGUCUAUGAAGAGUGACUGGUCUAAAGAUCUUCCCAUAGAAUUCAGUAAAGAACCAGGACCCUCAGAUUCACAGUAAGAGAAACACUUUUCAACCUCCAAACUGUCGAACGACAAUAAUUGAUGUUUCAAAAACAAAACUUUAAAUUCUGACCCCUCUGUUUUCUCCUCUGCUCUCAAAAUACUGAUUUUCCUCUUUAACCUGCCAACGUGGAUAAAGGGCUGGUGAAGAAAAAGUCACUGAGCACAGAUUUACUUAUUAUUCAUCAUGUUGAUAAAAAUGAAGGUCGUAUAAAACAGCAUUUGAAAAGGAUUCUGACCUCUGUAUUUUCUGAUUUGGUUCCUGUGUUUGGGACGUUUUGAGUCUGUAAGUCUUUGGACUGUGGUGUAUAGACCCCAGAAAACAGUCUGUGGGUCACAAAAUACCAGAAGACCAAUGAAGAAAUAAAUCCUGUUAGAUCUGUUUGAUUUAAAAAAUGUUGUAGAAUUGGUGGCGAAAAUCUCUCCACCCUCAAAAAUCUCAGUUUAGUUUUUCUCCUGUCUCCACACUUUCAGGCAGCAGCAUCUGAAUAUUUUUACAGGAGAUUGUUUUAUGUUAGAGAAAAGAGUGAGGUCAGAAACUCUGGUUUAAUAAAUGCUUCUUAUUCUGUAUCUUUCAAACAUGAAACGAUAAAGAAAAUAAAUGUUCUUUAUUUCCACAGAGAGACACAGAGAUGUGACUCUGUGGAGGAGCAGCUGUCCAGCUGUUCUUUAUGUCAGGACGUCCUGAAGGAUCCAGUCUCUACCCGCUGUGGACACCGGUUCUGCAGACAGUGCCUGGCCUCAUGCAGGGACCAGUCUACUUCUUUAGGACACACCUCCUGUCCCCAGUGUGGAAAAAGAACCAGAACAGUUCUUGUCUCUCAGACAGACAGUCAGUCCAGCUCUGAUGGAAGUAAGUCUGAACAUCUGUCCUCUAAAGUCUCUGUGGAUGAAAACUCAGCUGACUGAUUGAUCACAAAGAUGUUUUAGUGUUGAGUUCAUUUUGGUUUGGUUCAUUUUAUUUUUCUUCUCUUUCAGCAGAUGGCGGUCUGCAGGAGGUUUUAGAUGAACAUAAGAUCAGUCUGAAGAGGAGAUGUGAACGUGUGAAUGAAGGAAGUGAUGGAACAGGAAGUAGUCAAACCCUCCUCAACAGGAUCUUCACUGAGCUCUACAUCACAGAGGGACUGAGUGAAGAGGUGAACACCCAACAUGAGGUGAGACAGCUGGAGACAGCUUCAAAGAUGGAGACCCUCCAUGACACGCCCAUCAAGUGCCAUGAGAUCUUUAGAGGCUUACCAGGUCAACAGGAAGUGGUCAGAGUGGUUCUGACCAACGGCGUGGCUGGUGUUGGAAAAACCUUCUCAGUGCAGAAGUUCACUCUGGACUGGGCAGAGGGUUUGGAGAACCAAGACCUCAAUCUGGUGAUCCUGCUUUCAUUCAGGGAGCUGAACCUGAUCAGAGAUGAGCGCUUCAGUCUUCUGAGUCUGCUCCAUGUUUUCCAUCCAACACUAGAGAAGGUCACAGCAGAGACGCUGGCUGUCUGUAAACUUCUGUUCAUCUUUGACGGUCUGGAUGAAAGCAGACUGUCUCUGGAUUUCACAGACUCUGAGGUGGUGUCUGACGUCACACAGAAGUCUUCACUGAACGUUCUGUUAACAAACCUCAUCAAGGGGAACCUGCUCCCCUCAGCUCUCAUCUGGAUAACUUCUCGACCUGCAGCAGCCAAUCAGAUCCCUCCUUCACGCGUGGACAGGGUAACAGAAGUACGAGGCUUCACUGACGACCAGAAAGAGGACUACUUCAAGAAGAGGUCCAGAGAUGAAGAUCUGUCCAGAAGAAUCAUCUUACACAUCAAGUCCUCCAGGAGCCUCCACAUCAUGUGUCAGAUCCCGGUCUUCUGCUGGAUCACUGCUACAGUUCUGGAGGACAUGAUGAGCAGAGAGCAGAGAGGAGAACUGCCCAAGACCCUGACUGACAUGUACUCACACUUCCUGCUGGUCCAGACUAAGAGGAAGAAGCAGAAGUAUAAAGGAGGACAUGAGACAAGUCCUCAGGAGCUGACUGAGGCUGACAGUGAAGUCCUCCUGAAGCUGGGGAGGCUGGCCUUGGAACAUCUGAAGAAAGGAAACAUCAUGUUCUACCAAGAAGACCUGGAGCGGUGUGGUCUGGAUGUCUCAGAGGCCUCGGUGUACUCAGGAGUUUGUACAGAGAUCUUCAGAAGAGAGAGUGUGAUCUUCCAGAAAACUGUUUACUGUUUCGUUCAUCUGAGCGUCCAGGAGUUUCUGGCUGCAGUCUACAUGAUCCACAGUUUCACAAACAGGGACACAAAAGUUCUGAAGAGUUUCAGAAGAGGCAACAAACACAAAGAAAACAUGUCUUCUUUAAAGACGGUUUCCAGAUCUUUUAAAAACCUGGAUUCUUGUCUCUCAUCUCUGGAUGUCUUCUUGAAGAGAGUCAUGAUGAAAUCCCUUGUCAGUAAAAACGGUCACCUGGACCUGUUUGUUCGCUUCCUUCAUGGACUCUCUCUGGAGUCAAACCAGAGACUCUUAGGAGGUCUGCUGGGUCACACAGACAACAGUCCAGAAAUGAUCCAAAGAGUCAUCAACAACCUGAAGGAGAUGAACAGUGAAGAUAUCUCUCCUGACAGAAGCAUCAACAUCUUCCACUGUCUGAUGGAGAUGAACGAUCUGUCAGUUCAUCAGGAGAUCCAAGAGUUCCUGAAGUCAGGGAACAGAUCAGAGAAGGAACUCUCAGUGAUCCACUGCUCUGCUCUGGCCUACAUGCUGCAGAUGUCAGAGGAGGUUCUGGAUGAGUUGAACUUAAAGGAGUAUAAAACAUCAGACCAGGGACGUCAGAGACUGAUCCCAGCUGUGAGGAACUGCAGAAAGGCCGUGUAAGUCCAGGUUUUAUUCUCAGAAUAGUGUAAACAAUCCCUGUAGUUCUUCCAAUGUCCACGUUACUGAUGAUGUUCUUCUUCAAAUAGAAAUCAACUCAAAUAUCAGGGAGGGGGUUUCUUUAGCAAAAACAUGAUCCUGGUGUCUAAAGUCCUGUUAGCCCAGGAUGAGGUCUACCCGUGGACCCCUGAGAACUUGUCCUGAUUGUGGAGGACCUCUUUGUUUUUAAUCGUGUCUGUAAUGAAUAAAGUGGAACUUUCAGGACAAAUCAGCGACCAUAUCUGAGGACACACAGAGGUCUUCUGAUGAUGGUAUCAGUCCAGAUCAACAUCUCAGUCAGUUGUGUUGAACUUGAGUUUGAAGAAGGUGUCUGCAGCUUCUUCCUGCUGGUUUUCAGGUUGGAAAUGAUGAAUCUGUUGUAAAUGAGGGUGUUGACAGCAUUGAUGGUGAAAAUAGAACUGGAUCAUUUUCUACACAGUGGCAGAACUGUCUCUGUACCAUCAUGUUCAUCAUUCAAUAUUCAUAAUCAAUACAACCAUGAAAACUAACAUCAUUUUCCACCACUCACUGGAGAUUAUCUGCUGGACUAGAACAUAUGAGUGAUGAGAACACAUGAGUUAUUUGGACAGCAGCUACAUGUGUCUGAAAACAAUGGUGGAAAUAGGACGUCUCUCUCUCUCUCUCUCUCUCUCUCUCUCUCUCUCUCUCUCUCUCUCUCUCUCUCUCUCUCUCUCUCUCUCUCUCUCUCUCUCUCUCUCUCUCUCUCUCUCUCUCUCUCUCUCUCUCUCUCUCUCUCUCUCUCUCUCUCUCUCUCUCUCUCUGCCCUCGGUGCUGCAGGUUGGCACUGACACUAGUCUGCCUCAUAACACCUCAUAGCAUGUGGAAACAGCCGUGCUCUUCCACUGUAUAUAUGGACACCAUGUCUCUAAGGAGAAGCAGUGUGACUGCAUCAUCAUCAUCAUCAUCAGUUUUCCAUGGUGUCCCUUUGUUGUCAUGGUGAUGCAGAGUGAAGAUGAUUCCUCUAAUGUUGAGGUGUUGGUGGGCUGUAGCGGUCACAUGUCUCUCACUCGGCUGCACGCCUCUGUUUAAGAUGUUGAUGUAAAUUGGUCAGACUACUGCCUUCUGCUGAAACAGCCUUUAAACAAAUACUGCAGCAGACUGGGGUUUGAUCCAGGUCUGAGUCUGUGAGACUGAACCAGGUCUAAAGGACUAACAAGACAGACUUUUUUAGGGAGCAGAAAAGUCUGUUUUUGACCAUAAUUAGCAUGACUGUCGUUAGGUUAAAUUAAUGCAGGUACCCAUAUUGAUCCUCCAUGUUGAUAUUAUCAGGACUCAUUAUUGAUACCUCACUUCAUGAUUUAGUGAGGUAUCAAUAUUUUCAUUUUUAAAAAAUGAAGAGAAUGAAAACAUGUUCAAAGAUGAAUCUGUUUUAUUUCCUCUGACUCCAAAUGUUUCUUUCUGCAUGAAACACACAAACUAGAAAAAUUCAAUCUGUUAUUUUCAUAGGAGUCAUGAGAACGUACGCCCCCUAGAGUUACAUGGAGAAAAAACUUUGAUUGUGAAAACAAAGAAAUCUUCAACUCUUCAAAUGUUCAGAGUCAAACCAGCUCUAACCUGCUGAAAAACGAUGUUAUCUGAACCAAUCAGAGAAAAAGAAGCUGCUGUGAUUUAGUGAGUCGUCCUCUGAUUGGUCAACAGUCAGUGUCUAUGGAAAGACUUACAUUACAGCAGGAUGUCAACAUUAAACACUGAGAGGAGCACUGAUUCUCCAAGAAGUACUUUGGAUACUAACCAAUCACAUACCAGGACCAAAAACCUGGUUCUCAGUCCCCUUCUCCAACUAGAACUCAAGAAUUCACACAGUCAUAAUGAUCCAGCUGCACUAACAUGAAGACAACACUGUUAGAGAACAGAAGGACUAAAAUAAGUCAUGGAGUCAUUUGUCUUGAACAUCUGAACAGUUUUUUUUUCUUCUAAACUUUGACUUCCUGUCUUCUCUCAUGGCUGUGGUCCUGAUAUUAGUAUCUGUCUGGUUAAAAACAGGCCGUCUGUCAAACCAAAGAUCAUGUUUAAGUUGUUUUUGGUGAAGAGAAACAUCAAAUUACCCUUCAAUGAAAUAUUGUUUGAUAUUUAUGUUGUUACAGAUUUUCUGACUGUAGACUCUCAGAGACUCACUGUGAAGUUGUGGCCUCAGCUCUGAAGUCCAACCCCUCCCAUCUGAGACAUCUGGACCUGAGUUUCAAUAAUCUGCAGGAUUCAGGAGUGAAGCUUCUCUCCGCAGGACUGGAGAGUCCAAACUGCAGACUGGAGACUCUGAUGUGAGACACCAUUUCCUUCUGAUCUAACAAUAAGAUGUGACAGUUUCUGCCUUAGAUUUUUCUCUGUAGUUUUUCCAUCAACUUUGGUCGAGCAGUUUGAAUUUGUCGUCGUAAAACUUCAACACAGGAAGAAAAAUCCGACAUUUCAGAGUUGACUUUGAGGAGAACGAUGGAUGUAGAAAGGAAGCAGGAGAAAAUCAGUCCCACAAAUAUUACACAUGCUUGUAGAGGGCAGGAGCAGCACAGACUAAAGGCUGAUACUGAACUGAUCCACAGUUAAUGUGAUCACUAAUGAAUGAAUGAAGCGUCAGAGAAAUGAUGAGCUGCAGAUUGAAACCUGAAGAACAAAGUUAAUCCAACUCUGGAUAUUUCAUUUGGAAACUCUUGAAAACUUGAAUUUCUUCUUUGCUCAGUCGUGUUCAAAUGUAAAAACCAGAUCCAGAUUUUUCUGCAGUUUUCACUUCAGUUUGUUGAACAUAAACAUCAUCUUGUCCAGUUGGUCUAUAAAAACCUCUCUGAUCAAUGAUCUGUUGGUUUAUUUAAGAGUAGUUUGUCAGUUGUUGACAGCAGACGGACAGAGCCCUGAAUCUACUCCUGACUAUUUUCAUCUUCAUGAAGAAUUCAGGACUACAAGAAAACCUUUGAGAUUUCUCACAUUAGUUUCUGAGGAUCUCACUAAAGUUUUCUGUAUCUUUAAAAUUUUCUCGACUGAAAAAUUUCUCUGGAUCUUCAAAAGUUUAGAGAGGAUUUUACAAAGUUCCUCAAGAUCAACUCUGAAAAAGUUCUUCUUCCAUGUCCUUCAGGGGCUCAAGAACAUUGAAUCAUUAAAGCAGGAACAGUUUCUUCAGAGGUUCAAUGAUUUUUCCUUUUUUCAGAAUGAUUGACUGCAGUUUGUCAGAGAUCAGCUGUUCUUCUCUGGCCUCAGCUCUGAAGUCCAACCCCUCCCAUCUGAGACAUCUGAACCUGAGUCACAAUAACCUGCAGGAUUCAGGAGUGAAGCUUCUGUGUGACUUUCUGCAGAGUCCAAACUGUAAACUGGAGACUCUGAUGUAAGUUUAGCCUUUGUCUGUUUCUGGUGUAGAUUUUUAUGUUUAUUCAGUUUUUUUAACCCGAUUUAAAUGUUCAUAGAAUUCUUGAAUAUUUCCAGAACUUUCUUCUUACUCACAUAAAUUCAUAGUUUUUAUUGAAUCAGCAGUCAGAUACAGAUGGAGGAAAAUGAGCACUGUGAGUUAUUUUGUUGAUUGAAUGUUAAUGAUUUUUUAUCAAUGGUUCAGAUGAUCACUGCAGUGAUGUUGACGGGUUUACUUCAUGUGUCUCUAAAGCUUUCAAAUGUUCAAGGAUGCAGUGAACUCACUAUCCAUGCAGCUCAGGAACACAGCUCAUCUUUAGAAACACAGACAGAGAGACGGACACACACACACAGACAGAGAGACACAGACAGAGAAACACAGAAACACAGACAGAGAAACACAGACGGAGAAAGAGACAGGCAGAGAGACACAGACAGACAGAGAGAAACACACACAUGGAUUUCCACUUUGUCACUUUGCUGUGAUGACUGUAGUCACAAAAACAAAGUUUUCUUUGUCACUUUUUUGAUUGAACCAAAUAAGUUCAAGAACCAAACUCUCAGAUUUUGUUGUUCCCAAUAUCAUUUGAACCAUUUAGACUUUUCUUCUGAUCAAUAUUCAAUGAUCAGAUUUAUCAGGUUCCUGUUUUGGCUCCACUGCCUCUUUUCUGCCAGCUCAAUAACUGGUCAUAUGGUUUGAAAGGUUCCUGCAGCAAAACCCGAUUAGAGAGUGGACUAAAUGAAAUGUGAGUGAACUCAGCCAUCAGUGAAUAAAUGACAAAGUGAGAGGAAGAGUGGAUCUGUCUGCUGUCUGACCUUGUUGAUCCUGAUGAAGGUGAGGGAGAAGAGUAAAGCAGUAAAGGUGAUGUUGUUGCAGACAGAGUCAGCUGACCUGUCUCAUCAGGGUCUCAUCCAUUCUCUGUUUGGCAGAGCGCUGAUGUUACAGUCUGAGAGCACAUUCAGGUUCAGCUUCACAUGGGCUGGAUCUGCUAAAUACAAACUCUUGAGACCAGUCUGGUUGAGGGAGGUCCGCUCAGUGUCCUGGGUGACUCUCUCUGAGCUCUUCUUGGUUGAGAGUAUUUCUGGUUUGUCUCUGACUUCCAUGAACUCAGAUCUGGAGGAUUGCUGGCUGGUCCGGUCCAGUUCUGACAGUAGAGACAACACAGUCUGUUAUUCUGGGUUGAGUGUUAUUGUUGGAGAUCAGUGUACAGUGAGGGAUGAAGGCAGACAAAGAUCCUCCUGUUUCCUCCAUGUCACAGUUCAAGUUCAUUUUGAAGACUUUGAUUGAUCCGAGCACUGAAGAGGAACAGGAAACGAGGAGUAGAGAGUGAGGGAGGACUUCCAGCAAAGGAUCAUGGGAGUCCAACCAGCAACUGCUGCAACAAGGACUCCACAUUCUGAACACCAGAACCUCUAAUCCAAACCAGUGCUCCAUCACAUUUGAUGUCUUGUCUGUUAUUUAACAUUGAGGGUCAGAGCAGACCAGAUAAUGAGCUCUGACAGACUGGAUCUGGUCCAAAGGUCUCCUGUUGGAGGUCUCUAAGCUCCAUAUUUUAAACCUGAACAUGUGAAGUUUGAUUAUUACUUAUUUUUGUCUUCAUUCUCUUUCCUUUUUUCAGAUUGGAUAGCUGCAGGUUGUCAGAGAUCAGCUGUUCUUCUCUGGCCUCAGCUCUGAAGUCCAACCCCUCCCAUCUGAGACAUCUGGACCUGAGUUACAACAAUCUGCAGGAUUCAGGAGUGAAGCUGCUGUGUGACUUUCUGCAGAGUCCAAAAUGUAAACUGGAGACUCUGAUGUGAGACUUUUUUCCUCCAUUCAAACAUUAUCAUGAUUUGUUUGUGAUGAUGACACUAAACUGCUGACUCAGGACUGAAAUACUGACCCAGACUGAACACCUUCAGUCCAGAGUAGAUUUUCAGUAUCAGUGGAUUAUUUGAUUGACUCCAGUUAGAUCACUGCUGAGCUCCAGUGAAUUAGAACCUGAACUCAAGAAGAAAACUCUUUGUAGAGUUCACAGUGAGAAGCACAUUCAGACAGAAAACAGAAGCAGGGGGAGAUUUGUCAGACGAGAACCAUUCAAACUUUUGUUCAGGACAAGAUCAGGGAAUAGAAAAAACUCAGAGUUUAGUUUCUGACACCAAUGAAAGUCCAGCUCUGUUACUUUGAAUUUUGAUUUUGAAUCUUUGCGUGAAAAUCUGAAUUUGAUGGUUGAUCUGCACUUUUCUGAAGCCUUGCUGUGUUUAGACUGAAAUAUUUACCUCUCAAAGACGUGAUAUUUUUGGUUCAGCAAAGUGAAAAUAUUGUGAACAUCCUUUAUUUCCCAUCCGUCCUGAAGUCGCUGAUAUUUUCUGAAAAUAUUGAGCUGCAUCUCCAAUCAGUAAAAAAGUCUCUGAGUUUGUUUUUCACUAUUUCAUGUGUUUUUGAAUUCACUGUUUCAAACUGACUUCCUGUUUGGUUCAGCUCUUUGGAGCGUCACUUUUCUCUGAUUCAUACUUUCCAAACCUUUCCCCUGAACUCUACAGAUUUAAGACAUCAGGUUUCACACUGGAUCAUUUUUGUUUAAAAUCUCAUUAUUUCCUCUUUAUUUAGGUUGGAUGACUGCAGUUUGACAAAGAUCAGCUGUUCUUCUCUGGCCUCAGCUCUGAAGUCCAACCCCUCCCAUCUGAAAACUCUGGACCUGAGUAACAACAAUCUGCAGGAUUCAGACGUGAAGCUGCUGUGUGACCUUCAGAAGAGUCCAGACUACAGCCUGAAGACUCUGAUGUCAGUAUAGAGUUGGAGUUAGUCUGUGCUGGUCUCCUGUUCCUCUCCACACAGUAUCACAGCAGAUAUUCAGUAUUUCCUGCAGACUCUUCGACCCUCUCAGAGGAUUCUUUCUUUAGUGAAGCUGUGAGAACAGAAAUCAUCAAACCAGGAGUGUAAGAGUUAUUUCUCUGCUAACUUGUUGAUUUUGACCUCCAAGUCUGAAAACAGACAGCUGUUCUUUGUACUUGUUAUUUUCACAGCAGGUUUGUUCGAUCAGCUUUAACACAUUUGACAGGAAUGAUUUCUUUAUUUUGAUGAUGUUGGUUUAUUUGUGAGGAAACCUGCUGCUGUACACCAUCACUUCUGGUCUGAGCAGGACUGGAACCUGCUGGUCUGUAAACUGGAUGUUCUUCAGUCCAGCUGAUGAAGUGAGUCUCAGAGUGGAAACACUGAUUGUCUUUUUUUCUCUCCUCAGAUGGGAGUAA